AUGAUUCCUUUCAUCCCGACACUUAUCCUCGCUUUCGUCUCGUUCAUAUCAUCAGCUUUCGUUAUUCUUCGUAUUGUAAUUCCAAUUCUUCCACCUCAUCCUUUAAGCAGACGAGUCUCUCCCUCCGAAUUUGGACUGCCUAAUUUUAAUUUUUGUUCCCUUUCUUCAGCCGACAAAAGUCACCUGUGGUUGGCUUCCCUCGACAUCCUGGCUCUGUGCGCCUUCAUUUGGCAGGCAUUUAGCGAAUACUAUGGUGGACCUGCAGCAUAUGGCGAGGCCCGUGAUGCUGCAUCCUCGGCAAGAUUGUGGUUUGCCUUGACAAUCAGGCAGACUUGUCUCCUUGUCGUGUCCGCACUCACGUUGGUCCAUAUUCGUAUGGGGCGAUCGGUGUCCUUCGGAUCCAGACACUGGAUGCUGUGGGCACCCACCUUACUCCUGGUGCUCACAUCUACUGCACUCUGUGGCAUUAUCGCUGGUGCGGGUGUCCCAAGCUUUUUCGUUGGACUCCUGGCAUAUUGCACUAGCGUUGCCGCAUUAAGCAGCGCAGCGUUUGGCAGUCUCGUGUACACUCUCGUGGUGAUCCGGCGCAAUCUCGCUGCACUCAAUGAUCCCGCAGACAGCUGGCCACCUGCCAAAGAAGCCGAGGACAAACCCCGCCCCUCGUUCGCGACUGAAGACGUUGACGCCCUCAGGGAGGGUAGCUCCUGGCUUACUUCUGAUUCUGGCAGUACGCAUCGCGACUCGGCGUCUAACUGGUCUUUUUCGACCCAUCAAACGCAUCCCCAUUCUAGUUCCUUGCGCGUCAACUCUGCCGCGGCAUCCAAAGCCUCCCUUGCGCCUAAAUCGUCCUACUGGUUUGAUCCGCCCACGCCUAUGACUGGCGAUGUAUUGAUUCCGCCAGUCCCACCCUUGCCUUCAUCUUACCGUGAAUCAUCAUCACCCGCUGACGCCCUAAGCUCUGAUCCUGACCCUUUCCGUCGUGAUGCUCCCAGUCGGCCACGUCUCGGCUCGCAGAGCUCAUGGCUGACUUCACCGUCUGGGUCCCAAGUUUCACACACUGCAUGGUCCUAUCCCACCAGCCAUCAAGGUGGCGUCAGCGCCGUUGAUCUUAAUGCUGAGCUUCUUCCCCACGCUACUCGUCCCCUGACUCCUGCUUUGUCGAGUGCUCGAGUUCUUGGAGGAUACGGGUAUCAGAGUGAUUCAGAAAGGGGUAUUGCUUCUCUGGCGUAUGACGGCAAUGACAUAGACAUCUCAUUUUAUCGAUACGCCUGCUGGAUGUUGACAAUUUGGGUGUUCUCCCUGCCUUAUAUCCUGUCUUUCAUUGGAAAUGGCUUCGUAUCUUCCGCCACACCACUUCUUCUUGCCCUCUCUGUCACGCUGUCUUCGCCUCUCCUUGCCAUGAACAUCAUUAUGCGCUCACCGAUCCCCAUCCCGACUGGUCUCUUCGAGGUUCAUGGGGACCCUCCCUCGGUCUGCAUGCGCGCACCCUCUCCGGUUGUCACUCUCGCCGACUUCAACCGCGAGUACAAGCGGUCUGGGUCAGUCACUGUUGUUGAAGGGAGACGCUCUGGAGAUGUCUGGAUCUCACAAGGGGACGCCGUAGAAGGGAAAAGCAAGAUUAGCCGGGCACUUGGUCUCAUGACCCCCGUCCCGCGCCUAGCUGUACUUCCUCCUGACGAGGAGAAGGAAGAUGGAGAGAUGACGCCCCCUCUACCCAUGCAGACUGAGCCCGACUCAUUCAAUAGUUCUGUCUUCCCCAACACCCCCCAGUCUGCGGAAUUCGGGAGAAUGAGGAAGAUGUCGGUUCAGUCGAGGAUUUCAGGCGAUGAAUUCGCCUCGAGAAUCAUGAUUGCUCAGAGGCAUUAUUCUGCUCUAGCAACUACUGUGGUUGUCCCUGCUUCACCGGAGAAGCAAGAGGGUGAUUUGCUCACUGUAACCACUGGCGUUGUUGAGAAGAGGAAUUCGGUCCUUGGUAGUUCUUCGCACCUCCGCUCCCGCUCCGUUUCCUCGAUCAUCGGUCAGGCGAUCAGCACAGACUCCAGUCCCAGCCCACCUCCGUCUCAACCACUUCCUCCCACGCCUCCUAAUGUUCGUCUUGCUAAGCAACAAUCGACGCGUACUCUCAUCCACAGGAAGUCGUAUUCAUCUGGUUUUAGUUUCGGCGCCCUCGUCAAUGACGAUAUUAACGAGAUCGAUGUGCUCACGGCUGGUGUUCUGCCGCUUCUUGUACCCGGUUUGAAGGUUGGAAAUGAUAUGAAGAUCAAGGAUUUCGAGUUUGAAUUCGACCCCCAAAUCAGCAGCACUGUGACGAAGAAGAAGCGCCUGCCAACCUCUCGAAUCCAGAAGGAUAAUGGCGACUUCGGUGUGCUUGCCAGAGGAGAGUGGGAAAGGACUGCGCAGGAUUCGACAUCCACCAAUUGCAAGGUCAGGCCUGAGAAGGCGUCUACGCACAAGAGACAUCACUUGAGUCUUCCAAGUCUCGGUCUUGGCAAGGAUACAACCAACUCUUUGAAAUCCGAGAUAGGUCGUGCGCUUGCCACGAGUACUGGUGGGUAUGCCUCCGUAAAUGAUGGAAGGCGCAACACGGUCUGGGGGGACGAAUUAGUUCCCAACCUUCUUGCGCAUCCCCCUGUGAAUGAUGACAAAGAGCCUGCUCAGAAUGGCGUCUCCCUCGGCCGCUCGAUAUCCACUCGCAAUCUUGGUCUUCGUGUCGAUAUUCCUCACGGCAUGGACAGUGCACGUACUUCCGUCGCUACCCUUGUACUUCCUCCGCCAUCCGCUGCGUCCACAGUCACCCUCUUUGACCCUAUGGCCGAAUUUGAUCCUACUUGCCAAAGUACGCCGAACGAAAAAGAAUAUCAAUUCACACGAAAAUAUCAAGCCACUGUUAUGCCUCGCUCUCGACCGACUCUGAAACGUUCAAGCAUUGUCUAUAUCAGAUCAUCCGAAGAACAUGCACAAGCACCGACAGAACCAGAAGCUCGACCGCCCACCGAACAAGCUAGCGCUGAUGACAUCUCACGACGCACGCUCACGCAGUGGUCCUCCCGGGUGGUGAAACCACUUAUUCCCAAGUCUAGCAAGCAGCGCAAGGACGCCACUGAGCCCGCAAUGAAGUCGAGCUCGAAUUCCCUUCGCACUCUUUCCCUCCUUAAAGAUCGUAAUUCGAAUAGUGCUGGUGAUGUCGCCGGUAACGGGUUCGCAGGUACACGACCGCUUGUUCUUGGAAAGAAGAAGUCAAGGACAGUGAAAGAGCACGACGAGAAUGUUGCUCCCCGUGCUGGUUCUGUGAACAAGCACCUGAAGCCACUGAAACUUAGCCGGACGGAGUCGAGCAAGGUCCGCGGAAUGCUUCGCAAGGAGGAAGUGCUCCCUAGCGUGUUGGUUCGUCCCCCAUCUGACCAGAUGGAGUCCAUCUAUGAGGUUCGGUGAACACUGACAUGGCUGUUUACGCUUUCCCCUUGAUUGAUUUGUGUUCUGUUCGCUUUGAGUUUUGCUUUUUUUUUUUGCUUUCAUGACCGUCUCCUUUUAGUUUUCUAUCGUAUAAUCUUCGCUAUCGUGCUUUUCGAUAAUGUUCAUGACAUUUCAUGUUGCUUUCACGUUUCCCGCAGUGCGUUUGGUCUUACUAUCACGUUUUUACAUAAAAGUUCAUUAUUCAAUUGUCAUAAAGUUAAUGCUCAAAAUAUUCCCUACGUAUCGUCGAUGCUGUUUGUACAGCUACUAUGCUUUUACCUCAAUC